UGAAACAUGCCAGCACGGUGGCUGGUGGCUUCUUCAGCUUGUACCACUUCUUCCAACGGCACAUGGUGUGGGUGGUGCUGCUGAGCCUCUUGUGCUACCUGGUCCUCUUCCUGUGCCGGCACUCGUCCCACCGCGGGGUCUUCCUCUCGGUCACCAUCCUCAUCUACCUGCUCAUGGGGGAGAUGCACAUGGUGGACACUGUGACCUGGCACAAGAUGAGGGGGGCCCAGAUGAUCGUCGCUAUGAAAGCCGUGUCCCUGGGCUUUGACCUGGAUCGGGGUGAACUGGGUGCAGUGCCCUCCCCCGUGGAGUUCAUGGGCUACCUCUACUUCGUGGGCACUAUCGUCUUCGGGCCCUGGCUGCACUUCCGCAGUUACCUUCUGGCUGUGGAGGGCCGACCGCUGAGCUUCACGUGGCUGGGGAAAGUGGCAGCAAGCCUGUCACGGGCCCUGCUCUGCUUGGUGGUCUCAACCUGCGUGGGCCCCUACCUCUUCCCUUACUUCAUCCCACUCUAUGGGGACCGGCUGCUACGAAGCAAGAAACGGCAAGUGAGGGGUGCCGUGGCCAGGUGGCUGCACGCCUACGAGAGUGCCAUCUCCUUCCACUUCAGUAACUACUUUGUGGGUUUCCUGUCGGAAGGCACGACCACACUGGCCGGGGCGGGCUUCACGGAGGAGAAGGACCACUUGUGCUGGGACCUUACUGUGUCGAGGCCCCUGAGCGUGGAGCUUCCCAGGUCCAUGGUUGAGGUCGUCACCAGCUGGAACCUGCCUAUGUCCCACUGGCUCAAUUCCUGUGAGACCCAUCCCUGUACCGCUGUGGGAGGCCCAGCCCAGCCUGGCCCUGGGGAGGGGAGGAAGCUGGGCAUUUCUCUCCAUCCCCUGGGCUUCCCAGAUGACACAGGAG